UACACUGCCAGCAGGAAUCUUUCUGUAUGGAUUUUCCAUGUUCUCCUGAUGUUGAGUGUGAGUGUGUGAGGUUGUUUGUCUAUUUGAGGUCCGGUGAUGGACUGGACAUCUGUCCAGGUGUACCCCUGCCUUUCACUGGAAGACAGAUGAGAUGGGCUCCAGCAGACCCCAAGACCCUAAAUAGAAAGAGGCUGUAAUAGACCAUGGGUGCAUGCUCUGUUAUUUAUUCACAGAUCGGAAGCCAGACUCAUGAUUACCCGGAGGAGGCGAAGGGCAACAGCAAAGCCAGGACCAAAUUACCAACGAGAGAACAAGGAAAAAAUGAGCCCGUGGCAGCAGAGCAGCCGGGGCUGGAUAUGAUUUACACCAUUGAAGAUGUCCCGCCCUGGUACCUGUGUAUCCUACUGGGACUACAGCAUUACCUGACAUGUUUCAGUGGCACUGUUGCAGUGCCAUUUCUUCUGGCUGAGGCCAUGUGCGUCGGUCGAGACCAGACCACUGUGAGUCAGCUGAUUGGAACCAUCUUCACUACUGUUGGGGUCACAACUCUGAUCCAGACCACUUUUGGUGUCAGACUUCCUCUGUUUCAGGCCAGCGCCUUUGCUUACCUGAUUCCUGCUCAGGCAAUCCUGGCUCUAGACCGCUGGAAGUGUCCCAGCGAGGAGGAAAUCUAUGGAAACGGGACUCUUCCCAUGGACACCUCACACAUCUGGCAGCCUCGAAUGAGAGAGAUUCAGGGCGCCAUCAUCAUGUCCAGCUCGAUAGAGGUUCUGAUUGGUCUGUUUGGGUUACCUGGUCUCUUGUUGGACUACAUCGGCCCACUCACCAUCACACCGACGGUCUCAUUGAUCGGCUUGUCCGUUUUCACCACCGCCGGAGACCGAGCCGGAUCCCACUGGGGCCUGUCUGCACUGUGUAUCUUUCUGAUCGUGCUUUUUGCACAGUACCUGAGGACAACAUCACUUCCUGUUCCUGUUUACAGCAGAAGCAAAGGGCUGACCUCCACCAGAGUUCAGAUUUUCAAGAUGUUUCCUAUUAUAAUGGCCAUCAUGUUGGUUUGGCUCGUGUGCUACAUCCUCACACUCACUGACCUGCUCCCCACCGAUCCGGAUCGUUAUGGAUACAGAGGCCGGACCGAUGCCCGUGGUGACAUUAUGACGUCGUCACCCUGGUUCAGGGUGCCUUACCCCGGCCAAUGGGGGUUACCGGUGGUCACAGUUGCUGGGACAUUGGGGAUGCUGAGUGCAACCAUGGCAGGUAUUGUGGAGUCUAUUGGAGAUUAUUACGCCUGUGCCCGUUUGUCCGGCGCUAGCCCCCCACCUGUCCACGCCAUUAACAGAGGGAUCUUUACAGAGGGUGUCUGCUGCAUCAUCGCUGGUCUGCUAGGGACAGGAAAUGGCUCCACCUCCUCCAGUCCAAAUAUAGGUGUCCUGGGUAUCACCAAGGUGGGCAGCAGACGGGUGGUGCAGUAUGGAGCUGGUAUCAUGUUACUGCUGGGAUCGGUUGGAAAGUUUACGGCUCUGUUUGCCUCAAUACCAGAUCCCAUUCUUGGAGGAAUGUUCUGCACCCUGUUUGGUAUGAUCACAGCUGUCGGUCUUUCAAACCUGCAGCUGGUUGAUUUAAACUCGUCCAGAAACCUUUUUGUUCUUGGGUUCUCAAUGUUCUUUGGUCUCACGCUGCCAGGGUACAUGGACACGCACCCCAACGCAAUUAGAACAGGUGUUCCAGAACUGGAUCAGAUCCUGACGGUCCUUCUGUCCACUGAGAUGUUUGUGGGAGGUUUUCUGGCUUUCUGUCUUGACAACACAAUACCAGGUUCUCGACAAGAACGAGGUCUCAUCGGCUGGAGCACCUCACACCCUUCCUCUUCUUCCUCCUCCUUCUCUUCCUAUGACUUUCCUGUGGGGAUGGGCAUAGUCAAGCGGACACGCUGGCUCCGGAGGUUUCCCAUCAGCCCCUCUUUCACGGGUUUCGGGAUGUCUAAUAAUGCUCAGGGUCUUGAGCAGGUAGUGGAGGAGGCAGCAAAUGAGGAAGAGAAAGAGGCAGACCUUCAUCUGUCUGGCACCAAGGUGUAACUGUCAGAGCCCAUCAGAGCAGCACAUGAUUGGCUUGAGUAUCAUGCUGAUAUCACCAGUUUCACUAAUCAACCUCAUUAACCUCAUUGACUAAGUGUUGUUGUCUUAAUAAGUCAGGGCAGCGCACCUGAGGACAGGUGGAUCACACUUACACACCUGCUAUUGUCUUUAUCCUGAAUGACAACCACACCUGGACAGUUGUUUCUUACUUGAGUCCUAGACUACUUCCUGUCCACCUGGACCUGAUCACCACCAGCACAACAGAGUUUUUAAAAGUGUUUUCAUAAGUCUUUAUUUGUGAUGUCACAGAAUUAGUCAAAGUAAAAGAACAGACUGAAAAGACAAUUAAAAACAUAAAUAAAUUUAAGGACAUGUAAUAUUCAGACUAAUCAAUGGUUGUGAUCAGCAUGACAGCAUGAAUGAAUGUGAAUUAUUAUUUUGACAUAAUUGUUAUUAUUUUGACAUAUUUUGACAUAAGUACCUAUUGUUUAUUUUAUGUUGAUUACAUAAAAGUAACAUAUACACACUAUAUAUGUGUAGACAUAUACAGACAUAUUGUAGCUAUAUAUAUUUAAAUGUUCAUAAAUAUGUAAAUAUACCAAUAUAACAUCAUAUACAAGCUGUCAGCUAUAUCCUCAAUUAUACAUACAUAAGCCUAUAUCCAUUUGUGUGUAUAUACAUAUAAAUUAAUGGUUAAAAAAUGGUGCAGUCCUCAAUAAAGACAAACUAAUGUUGUAUGUUCACGUCUUAAGUUAAUCACCAAUUAAAAAUGUAUUGUAUGGUGUGUACUAUAUGGUUAGCACAUUCAUAUUGAAUAUUAUAUAUAUUUGUGAAUGUAAGAUGCGAGUAAUGAUGUCUUCUCAAGAAGCAGGAGAUUUUAGAAAGAAAAGAAAUGAGAAGGUUUUUUUCUAUGUUAAGUUUUAACAUCAAGACGAAAAAUGACUUCAACAGGAAGAGGACAUCUCAAAGUAAAAUAUCUGCUGGAAACAAUAACAUGAUCUCUGAAAUUGGAGACAUCUUCAUCUGAUUGAAACGGACAAUACACAGGAGUCAUCAGAAACUCCGAAGGUAAACUUCUACUGGUGUGUUUUAUCACUUGCAGUACCCAGUUGUGUUUCUGUUAAAACAUGUGUGAAGAAACAUAAUCUAAAUCCAAAACAUAUGAAAGUCAAAUAAACAUGUUGUAUUUCUAAUUUAAUUAAUCGUGUGAAAAAUGUGUUUUAAAGGUAUCUGCAUGUCAGCAAAGUAACAUUUCCUACAAAUCCGUUGUAGAGUUGUAAAGUCUGACCAAUGAGAGUAAUAUUUAUGUCACUUUUCAUUUUCUGAGGACCAGAAGGAGGUUUUGUUUGUACCUAUGAAAAGUUCAGAACUGCUAACACUUUAGUAAAUGCUGAAACAUGCAUAUUUAACUCUGAGAACACUGCACAAAUUCUUUCAGUUCACGUUUCAUGAAUAAGGCCUGUGACCGUUGUACCUAAAGGUAACAUGGAAAGAUUUUCCUGGUGACAGUUGUCAGGGAAACAUGCUCAGAUGUUCGAUACUUAAAAUAAACUGGUGCCCAGUACCAUGUGGAACACCACGUAUUUUAAAAGUCUUAUUUACACCUAACAGCAUGGAUAAAUAAUUGAAA